AUGAAUUGCAAAUAUCAGUAGAAAGAAGGUUUGAGUGAGAUUUUAGCUGAGUUAAAAGAUAUUGAUGAAUCAAUCUUGAAAGUCAUAUUUAAAAUAUUCAAAAGAGAGAAAAUUCAAGAUUGUUUAGAAUUUCUUACAAUAACUGAAAAUUAAAGACGAAUCGAAUAAUAUUAUAUACAAGAGGAAAAUAUACCCCUUUUGGCUAAGGAAAAUAAAUUUAAAGAAAAGGGAAGUGUUUAGAAAAUUACUUAAACUAUGAAAAAAAUUAUCAAUCAUGAUUUUAAUAAGAAUAAUUAUUCAUAACAAAAGUACAGAACAAUUAGAUUAGAACUAAUUGAAAAAAUUUAAGAAGAUAAGAAGAUCUUUGAAUUUUUAUAAUUUCUAGUUCACAUUACAAGUUUAGAUAAUAGAUUUAUCUAAUGUGGUUCUAAUUCACUUAACUUGUUGAUUUAAAUGAAGGUUGAUCUGAGGGGAAAAGUUUUUGAAAAUAUCAAGAUUAAGGAUACAUCUUUAACUGGUGCUAACUUUGUAGGAUGCAAUUUGAGUGGAUCUCAAUUCGAAAAUGUCGAUAUUAGUGGAAUGAAUUUAAAUGGAGCGUAGUUAUUUAAUUGUAAAUGGAAUAGAAUAUAAAUACAUGAAUUAUAUAAACUAGAAGGUCACAUUAGUAAUGUUUAUUCAGUGUGCAUAUCCUCUGAUGGUACAACAUUAGCAUCGAGUAGUGCAGAUAAGUCUAUCCGUUUAUGGGAUAUUAAAACAGGAUAAUAAAAAGCCAAAUUAGAUGGUCAUAGCGAUAAUGUGCGAUCAGUAUGCGUCUCACUUGAUGGUAAUACAUUAGCAUCUUGCAGUUACGAUAAGACUAUUUGUUUAUGGAGUAUUUGGACAAGAAAAAUAAUAUUGAAAUUAUAAGGACAUAGUUAGUCAGUUAUUUCAGUAUGUUUCUCUCCUGAUGGUUCUACUUUAGCAUCUGGUAGUGGAGAUAAAUCUAUCUGCUUAUGGAAUACUAGGACAGGGCAAUAAAGAGCAAAAUUUAAAGGUCAUAAUGGUUCUGUAAAUUCAAUCUGCUUUUCAACUGACGGAACAACAUUAGCAUCUGGCAGUGAGGAUCAGACGAUCAGAUUAUGGGAUGUUUUUACAAAACAAUAAAAAACUAAAUUAAUAGGCCAUAAUGGUGGAGUAAAUGCAGUAUGCUUUUCACCUGAUGGUACAACAUUAGCAUCUGGUAGUUCAGAUAACUUUAUUUGUUUAUGGGAUGUUAGGACAACACUAUAGAAAGCUAAAUUAGAUGGUCAUAACGGUUGUGUAAAUUCAUUAUGUUUCUCAAAAGAUGGUACAACAUUAGCAUCUGGGAAUGCAAAUAACUCAAUUCAUUUAUGGGAUAAUAAGACAGGACAAUAAAAAGUCAAAUUAGGAGGUCAUAGUGAUAGUGUGUAUUCACAAGUGGUAGUGCAGAUAAGUCAAUCCAUUUAUGGGAUGUUAAGAUUUGUCAAUAAGAAGCUAAAUUAGAUUGCCAUACUGGUUAAGUAAAUUCAGUUUGCUUUUCACCUGAUGGCACUACAUUAGCAUCUGGCAGUGCGGAUAAAACUAUCUGUUUAUGGAAUAUUAAGACAGGGCAAUAAAAAGUGA